ACAAUCUUCAAAAUCCAUUCAAAACUUCUUUACUCAGAAUUUUGCCACAAUUAAACCCUUAAUAUCUGCUUAAACAAUCUAAUAACCUGGUUACAAGUAAUCACUAACAGAAGACAUACACACAUUUCUGAAAAUUAACUAACGUGAAAACUGAAAGCCGAACAACUCAAAAUUAUUGGAGUUAAAAGAAACAAAAAAAGGUGGGGGAAAACAUUAGAAAGAGAAACUAAAAAAUCUCGAAUGAAAAAACGAGCAAACAAGGCUUUACCAAUUCAACGUCUCUCUCUAAUUUUUUUUUUUUUGGGAGAAAAUCUCUCUAAUCAAUCGCAUAUUUAUUCACUCCAAUUCAAUUCAUAUAAUAUAACACUUAAAGACGAAAUAAUGACGGUAAAUUCAGAAACCAUAAUUGUGGCGCAAUUGGUUAGCUCGUCCUUUGACUACUACUAACUUUUUUAACAACUUGUCCCUAUACUUUUGUUGUAUAGGGAGUUAAUAGAGGAUAAAUUGGAUCAGUUUAGAAAUCAUGUCUAAACGUCUAGAAAUAGGAUUCCCAAAUGCAUAUUGAUCCAUGUAAACCAAAGGUGAGAGGCCUAACCUCUGCACUAUUUUCACAAUCCUCCACAGCUCCAAACUCUAGGUCCUUAAUGCCAUAUGAACUAGCCUCAUUGAUGUUACUACCUUCACAUACACCUGUUUUCCAGCCUCCGUAUCACUCAGAAUUUUUUAGAGACUCCUCACUGGAAGGUGCAACCUUCACUUUAGAAACCCACUUUCAUUCAUUUAUUUGCUAGCCGGUGACAGUUCAUGAUCAUAUAUCUCACAUCCAGAGCAGAGAGUUGGUUUAUUCAAAUAUUCAACCUCGACCUCAAAGGAAGGGUCCUCAUCCGGAUACAAAUGUACUCUGGAGGGAAAUCCACGGUCAGCAGCUAGGUCCACACAAAUUUUUGCGAAAUCUAAAUGUGCCCCUACCCUAGGCGCCAGAUCCAUCUAGAGAGCUGGCAAUCCAUUCGUGACCUUCAAAAAAGAGUGAUAUUAAAGCGGAUUGCCCCAGAUUCUUACCCAAAUAGAAAGUGUCUCAACUAGUGGAGUAAUCGACUGAAUCCCAGGUUCCCAUUUGCGAAAGUACCUGGGUUCCCUUGAAAGUGCCAAGGCCCCGACUUGAAUACCCACUUGCUUGUCGAAGAAGAUGGGAAUGGAAAGACCAUUAGGCGAGGACUGAAUUUUGACACUCGAACAACUCCAUCCCUCCCCCAUAGAGAAUUUGAAUAAUGAUUUCAUUUUUCCUUCUAAAAUUCUUUCUAUUUAAUUGAUUUUUUUUAAUUUAUCUUUAAUAAUAAUUUCAUAUGUGGCAUAUACGUGAACGACACUUGGAGAGCCUCACCUCAUCAAUGAUCAGACAAAUGUUGAUCAUUGUUUGGCGUAUACGUGAAGCAUAGUCUAUAUUAUAUCACGUCUAAAUUUUAAGCAAAAAAAUGCAUUGGAUUGGAGAGAUCACGAGAGAAAAAUAUGACAAAAUAUUUUAGUUUUCUCACAAACAUGCUUAUAUACGACAGAGAUAUAUUUUGAAUACAAACACUUAUGAUAAUAAUAGAAACACGGAUGGAAUCGAAUUAUACAGCGUAACUCAAAAUCCUCACUCAACCAAAAAAAGUGAUGAGAUGUACAAAAUAAAAUCCUCACAAAAAUCAACCUAUCUUCUUCCAAAACCCGCCACCCUGGUCCACCAACGUCGCUCCGGCAGACUGGCACAGUACUUGUUCAAACUUCAAACAACCAAUAACGACAAAAUGAAAAGCUGGGGGGUAAGAAAAUGGCUGCUGCGGGAAACUUACAUCAAAAAGUCAAAAUAACCAACCCAUCACCACCAACAACCAUUUCUCUUUUUCCCUUUUCUCCGAUGACCGAACUCCUCCUUCCCUCAUCAACCCCGCCGCCACCCCUCCCGUCUCCAUGUCCGCCGCCCUCCUCCGCCUCCUCCUCCUCGCCGGACUACUGACAACCGUCGCCGUCGCUCAAAACACCAGCACAUCAGCUCCCUGCCCGCUCGACUUCACCGUCCUCCGCCGCCUCUACGACCCCUCGAACCCCCCAGCGAUCGACAGCUCCCAGACCUGCCAGUACAUCCGCCAGGGCCUCCGCCUCGUCCAGUCCGACUACCUCCGCCGCACCUCCCGAUUCCUCCCUCCUCUCAGCUCCGCCGACUCCUGCUGGCGAUCUUACCAGCAGCUCAUCAACGAUUCCCUCCCCAACUUCGACAUCCGCCGCUCCUGCGGCUUCCAGACCAGCUGGAUCUCGCAGGGAUGCAUGAACAUCACCACCAGGCAAGAAUUCGAAACCCUAGCUUCCAAUUCCUCUUUGUCCGACGUCGUUUCCAACUGCAACCAACCCUUGGAGAACAAUUCCCCCUGCGCCGCUUGCACCGCCAGCUUGUCCAGGCUCCAGGCCUUGCACUUGACCGGACCUCCCGUCGGCAAUGUCUCCGAUUGCCAGGCCUACCCGUCGAUUUACGCCGCAGCGGUCGUCAAUGGCCCGGGUCCCGCCGACAAGGGCACCGCCAAGUGCCUGUUCUUGCUCGAUUUCACCUCCAAGAAACCUAGUUCCAAUUCGAAAAAGAAGAAGAGGAAAGUAGUGCUUGUGAUUGUCUGCGUCGGGGUAAUUCUCGUCGGGUUGUCAAUUGUGAUCUGCGGGUUGUACUGCUACAGCAAGAGGUACGGCAAACUGAAGAGGAAAAGAAGGAGAAGUGAGAGAUCAGGGAUGGAGAAUGCGAGCUCGACUCGUUUAGACAACAUUAGCCAGAGCACUACCGUGGUCAAGUUCAAAUUCGACGAGAUCAAGAAAGCGACGAGGAGCUUCUCCCGAGAUAGCAUCAUAGGGAAAGGAGGCUAUGGAAAUGUGUACAAAGGCAGGCUGUUCGAUGACUCGGAGGUCGCGGUGAAACGGUUCAAGAACUGCUCGGCUGCAGGGGAUGCAAGCUUUGCCCACGAAGUCGAGGUGAUCGCCAGCGUUCGACACGUGAAUCUAGUAGCUCUAAGGGGUUACUGCAUCGCCACUACUUCAAUGGAAGGUCACCAGAGGAUAAUCGUGUGCGAGUUGAUGAAGAACGGAAGCCUCCACGAUCACUUAUUCGCUGCUGCUAACAAUUGUUCAUCCGGGAAGCUCAGCUGGCCGGUCCGCCAGAAGAUUGCAUUGGGGACGGCGAGAGGCCUGGCUUAUUUACACUACGGUGCACAGCCAGGGAUCAUCCACCGCGACAUCAAGGCCAGCAACAUUCUUCUGGACGAGAAGUUCGAGCCCAAAGUCGCCGACUUUGGUCUCGCGAAGUUCAACCCAGAAGGGAUGACGCAUCUGAGCACCAGAGUGGCAGGGACAAUGGGGUACGUGGCUCCGGAGUAUGCUCUUUACGGGCAGCUGACCGAGAGAAGCGAUGUGUAUAGCUAUGGAGUCGUGCUGCUGGAGCUUCUGAGCGGGAAGAAGGCAUUGCUGAGUAGUAACAAGAGCGACGACGACAGAGACGAAGAACUGCAGCAGCCUUGUCUUCUGACGGACUGGGCGUGGUCGUUGGUGAAGGAAGGGAGAGGGCUUGAUGUGGUGGAAGAUGGGAUGCCGGAGCUAGGCGACGCUGAUGUACUGGAGAGGUAUGUUCUGGUUGCGGUUCUUUGUUCUCACCCGCAGCUGUAUGCUAGGCCGACGAUGGACCAGGUGGUGAAGAUGUUGGAGACGGAUUUGCUGGUUCCUUCUAUCCCCGAUCGUGGGUUACCUUUGGUGGCUGGGAUGGACGAUAUCGAGAUGUCGGUGAGCAGCUGUGGAUCGGGGCAGCUGUUCACUGCUUCUGGGUAUGGCUCAUUUGGGUUUGGCGGUUCAUCUGGAGUCAAGGAAGAAGGGUUGGAGAGUGGCUCAACUGCUCACACAACUGGUGCUUAGAUGACUCUCAAUGUGUCUAACUGGUUCUUCUGAUGUAUGAUUUAUUAUCAGCUUCCCCGAUUCUCAGUUCUCUCACCGUUUGAUUCUGUUAUAUUGGGCUAUUUCCACUUCAAGAAUGGAUGGGCUUAAAAGUAAUAACCAUUAAGCUGGCCCGGUCGUUUGUUUAACCUUUUAAAACCUAGAGCACGAUAGCUAAUUGCCGUAAUUUCUUGUGUAUAGUCAAAAUCGUGAUUUAAAUUUCAAAUCUUAUGAUCUUAUUUAUCUGUUUCGAUUUUGAUUUUACUGUAAAAUUUAUGGACUUUAAAAUGUUACACUAUUUGCGAUUAAAAUCCUAAAAAUCUGGAUUUUUCAUAAGAGUGAAUCACCCCCAACCUCCCAAUUACAACCUUUUUAUGCUCCUAUUGCGACAACCAGAUCAGAGCAAAGGUCAAAUUCUCCCUCACCAUUGCGGUCCUGUCUUGAGAGCUCGAAUCAGUGGCUUUAUCGCACUGGAGGAAGCAAUAGCCUCCUUAUUCUCAUUGCGGACCGACAAGUUGAGCACUCCAAAUUUGACGAUGUUGAGUAGGCUUUCAAGUGAGGAGUCUGAUAAGAGGAUGACCGCCGAUCAAGCUUUCACCAUGGAAUGACUGGUUCAACAGCAGAUUUAUGCAUGCCUUUUGUUUGGAAAAUUUGGAAAGGGAGGAACGCCAGAACGUUUAAGGACGAAGUCAUGACGUGAAGAGCAGUCGUUCGAAAGAUCGGGAAUAACCUCCUGAAGUGGAGUUCCACUCAUGGUGCUGUGAGUUCCCAUGAUGGUCUCAUUUGGCUUCACUCGAUUUAUCAUGCAUGCCCUUUGAUUCAGCCGCUGGAAGAGAGCUGAGAUAUUGAGAGCUGUGCUUUUCUGUUUUCGCUUGUUUCGUUCUUUCGCAACCUUCUUUCUUCUCUCUUUUAGUUGGUUUUAUUGUUUUCCUGCUUCUUUCUGCCCAUGUCUUGAUCGCUUCUUGCGAUCUGAAUGGUGCUUUCUUGCUCUUGUACUCUUGUCUUUUAGUUUGAUUAUAAUAUAUUCACCCUUAUAAAAAAAAAAAGUGAGGAGUCUGGUUUCCUUGGUGGCUUGUUAAGGAUUAACUAUUAAGUUUGUUAGUUCCUGAAAUCUUAAAUAAGAGAUUUUUAUUUAA